AUGAAUGCCAAAGUUGGGAACGACAACACCCAUGUAGAGAGAACUAUGGGCAGACAUGGUUGUGGCUGCAUGAACGAGAACGGAGAGAGGCUAGUGGAGCUAUGCACUAUGUACAACCUGGUGAUUGGAGGAACACUAUUCCCUCACCGUAACGUCCACAAGCUAACAUGGUGCUCGCCCAAUGGUAGGGACAGUAACCAGAUCGACCACCUAAUGAUCAACGGCUCCUGGAGACGUUCCCUGCUUGACUUCAGGGUGAGAAGAAGAGGAGAUGUUGGAAGUGACCAUCACCUUGUUGUAGCAAACAUAAAAAUGAAACUGCGAAGUACAGGACGCAAGUCAGCAGCACACAGACGCUUUGAUGUGGAAAGAUUGCAGGAUCCCAAGCUGAAAAAUGCCUUCACUCUUCAAGUGAAAAACAGAUUUCAGGCACUUCCAGACAUGACAGACAUUUGCGAGGCAGACGCAGAAAGCAUAAACCAGAGAUGGGACCUUGUGAGAACAGUGUACCAGAAAAGCAGCGAGACGAGUCUUGGACUGAGAGGAACUAAGAAGAAGGAAUGGAUAACACCAGAGACGUGGAAGGCGAUAGAGGAAAGACGAGACCUUAAAAAGAAGGUGGCUAGCACCAGAUCUGAAAGACUGCAAGAGACAUUCAAACUACAGUACAGAGAGAUGAACCGGAAAGUGAGGCGCUCGGCGAGAUCAGACAAGCGUGCCUACUUGAACAAUCUAGCAAGUGAGGCCGAAGAAGCAGCAAGAAAAGGAGAACAAGGAAAGCUGUACAAGAUCACCAAGACGAUUAGCGGCAAAUUCCACAGCACCAACAAUGCCCCAGUCAAGGACAAGGGAGGGAAGCUGCUAACGACAGAGAGAGAACAAGAAGCACGCUGGGCCGAACACUUCAGAGAGAUCCUGAACAGACCACCACCUUCCGAAGUAGCCGACAUACAAGAAGCCAUUGAGGACCUAGACGUUAACAUCGCCCCACCAGAGAAGCAGGAAAUCAUCACAGUGGAGCCAAGAGCAUCAUUCACUACAGUUCUUCAUCAGGUGCUGACGGAGAACUUGUGA